AUUAAUUUAUUCUCCUCAUUUACCCUAAUUACACUAACUAUUCUCAUCCUCCCCAUCACACUAACCCCGUCACAAAUUUAUAACUCAACCAACUUCCCACACUAUGUAAAAACAACUGUCUCUUACGCUUUCAUGACUAGUAUAGUCCCUGCUAUAAUGUUUAUGCACCUAGGCCACGAGGCUGUAAUCUCCAACUGACACUGAAUAACAAUCCAUACACUAAAACUAUCACUCAGCUUUAAAUUAGAUUACUUUUCCCUGGUCUUCAUACCAGUAGCCCUCUUCGUUACAUGAUCAAUCAUGGAGUUCUCACUAUGAUAUAUGCACUCAGACCCCUACAUUAACCGGUUCUUCAAGUAUCUACUCCUAUUCCUAAUCACCAUAAUAAUUUUGGUCACCGCCAACAACCUAUUCCAGCUGUUCAUCGGCUGGGAAGGAGUGGGCAUAAUAUCAUUUCUACUUAUUGGGUGAUGAUACGGACGGGCAGACGCCAACACGGCUGCGCUCCAAGCCAUGAUCUACAACCGUAUCGGAGACGUAGGAUUCGUAGCAGCCAUAGCCUGAUUUCUACUCCACUCUAACUCCUGAGAACUCCAACAGAUCUUCCUAGCAAGCCCAAAAAACGAUACCCUACCCCUCCUAGGCCUUCUACUUGCCGCUACAGGCAAAUCAGCUCAAUUUGGUCUCCACCCAUGACUUCCAUCCGCCAUGGAAGGGCCGACACCAGUGUCAGCCCUACUUCACUCUAGCACUAUAGUAGUAGCCGGCGUGUUCCUUCUAAUCCGCUUUCAUCCACUUAUAGAGACAAAUCCCCUAACCCUGACCCUAACACUCUGUAUCGGUGCCAUCACAACACUAUUCACCGCUAUCUGCGCAUUAACGCAAAACGACAUCAAAAAAAUUAUCGCCUUCUCGACCUCCAGUCAACUAGGACUAAUAAUAGUUACUAUCGGCAUCAACCAGCCCCACUUAGCUUUCCUGCACAUCUGUACCCACGCCUUCUUUAAAGCCAUACUAUUUAUGUGCUCAGGGUCUAUCAUCCACAGCUUAGGUGAUGAACAAGAUAUCCGCAAGAUAGGAGGACUCUACAAAACCCUCCCAUUCACCACCACUGCCCUUAUUAUUGGCAGCCUAGCGCUAACUGGUAUACCAUUCCUAACAGGCUUUUACUCAAAAGACCUAAUUAUUGAGGCCAUAAGCACAUCCUACACCAACGCCUGAGCCCUACUAAUUACUCUCGCUGCCACAUCCAUAACAGCGGUUUACAGUACCCGAAUUGUCUUCUUUGUCCUACUGGGACAACCACGAUACCCUAUACUUAUCCAAAUCAAUGAAAAUAACCCCUUCCUCAUCAACGCCAUCAAACGCCUCAUUCUAGGCAGCAUCUUUGCCGGAUUCAUAAUCUCAUCCAACCUAACCCCAACCACGGUACCCCACAUGACCAUACCACACCACCUGAAAUUUGCGGCUUUAGCAAUCACCCUUCUGGGUUUCGCACUGGCUAUAGAAUUAAGCCUAUUCACAUAUCACCUCAAAUUCGACUUUCCACUUUACACACACAAGUUCUCAAACAUACUGGGCUAUUACCCUACUAUUAUCCACCGUUCUCCACCGUUCCACGUUCUCAAUACCAGUCAAAAUUUAGCAUCCACUAUCAUAGACCUGGCUUGGCUAGAAAAGGCUAUCCCAAAAGGCCUGGCCUCAAUACAAAAAUUCGCCUCAACCUCAAUCUCAAACCAAAAAGGAAUAAUCAAAUUAUACUCCCUUUCCUUCCUCAUCUCUCUAACCUUAGGCCUCCUACUCACAAUCUAA